AUUUUAAUGCUCUCCGGAAUUGGACCAAAAAAUAAUUUAGAAGACAAUAAUAUCAAAGUUCGCAAAGAAUUACCAGUUGGACGUAAUUUGUGGGAUCAUCCUUCAUGUUGCAUUACUGCCACAGUUUCUGUUCCAAAUAGCACAAGUGCUUCUAAAUUGAAUUAUUCAAGUUUUGGAGUAGAUUUGGCAAUUUUACACAAAGGCAAUAGUCAAGGAAAGGUUCCUAGUGAAAACGAAUUCCUUGAUGAACGUCCUGAUAUUCAAAUUUUUGCGGAAGCAUUCUUAUUUGAUUAUACUAUUCUUGCAAACCAUCCAACGGAAGAAAAAGAAUUUUAUUCUAUGUUAUCGUCUCUUAAUAUUCCAUCAAGUGUUGGCCAUUUGGAAUUAC